AUUCGACCUACCAAGUCCUGAACAAUCCACUCACCUGCUUGUUACACUAACUUCUUCUUCUUCACCUAGCUACGUUUCAAGUUACCUCGGCCCGAUCUCUACAAAUAAAGAACUACGGUCAGAGAUAGAUGCAUUCAAUAAAAGAGUUAAACAUUUGGAAACAGAACUAAAGCUCUUUAAAAAUCCUGAUACCAGUUCUUUGCGGCUGGUGUUUAAGUAUCCUUCACACCAUCAUUCGAAGCAGACGGCAGAUCUGGAGGCAGAUAGAGAGCAACCCGAAACUCAGCAACCCAAGAAAAAAUGA